CACAAAACAACACAACCAUCAAAAAGGAUAAAUUUAAUUCAUUCCACACAAAACAAAACACUCUUCACCGAUCAACCGCAUUUUCACACCCCCCCAUCCACAAAAAUAAUUCCGAGUAAAUUAACAAAUUCAACCCUUUAAAUACCAAAAUUUUUAUCAAACCAUCAAAAAAAGAAACAUGCGAAAGGAUGAUACGAGCGAUGAGAGCACAGAUAGAGCAAGUAGCCGUGCGUUGCAGCUUAUGAAACGGAUCGAAAGUGUUGGUAAUGGCUGGUUGCGGCAGCAUUAUGUUAGGGAGUUGGGGGAGGUGCUGGUCGAGGGAGUGUGUGAAUGUGAGGAUGUUAAGGGUGUAAUUGAUCAGAUUGAGGGCGAGGAGCGAGAAAUGAAUGGGGCUGACCAGGAAAUGAAUGAGGUGGAUGAAAGUGCAGCAACGAACAAAGAUGCAAGGCUAAGAGCAAAGCAGAAGACCGGAACAGAAGGCGCAACGAAUGAAGAUGCAAGGCUAAGAGCAAAGCAGAAGACCGGAACAGAAGACGCGAAGUCAAGGGCAAGGCAAGGAUCGCAGCAGAGAAAUAAACCAAGAAGAAGCAGCACGGCCCAGAACACAAAACAAGAAAGCGUGCAGGAGGAUGAGCAAGAAUUGAACAGCAAAGAGCAAAACGGUCCAAUCACCAAACCAUCAACCAACAGAGUGCUGCUCACCUUCCUCAAACUAAUCCACACACUCUCCAAAGAUCCCAAGCAAGAAAAGCGUACGUGUGCACAUCUGCUUGCGCACCACCUGCCCUGUCUCAUAAAACUUGCCGUGCCAGCGUUCACAGUGCACAAGCCCACGGAUGCGCCGUUGUACAGCACCGACCAGCACAAUUACUACGCAGCCGAGCAGCUCAAGAUUUCUGAUCAGAAGCGGAUGAUCAGAAAGACACUGGGGAUGGAAACCGAUAUGGUGAGGAAGGACAUCGUAGUUGAGAACGAUAUACGGAUGGAGAGGAUGGAGGUGGUUAAGAGGCGGAAGCGCAUUGAUAGGAGGGUUGAGGAUGUGUGCACGUUUUUUGAGUGCUUGGAGAGCGGAAUGGUAGAAAUGGAUUGGAAGGAGCGGGAGGGGUGCUUUUCGGUGUAUUGCGGGAUAUUUGAGGGUAUGAGGGUGCGCGUGGAUGAGUGUUGCGGAGAGAAUGGCGCUAGUGCCGAUGUUAACAGCGGGUGCAUUUAUUCCGCCAAUGGCACGGUUGAUGGUACCGCCGGCAGUACCUGGUCCGGUAACGCUCGUCUCGACCCCGGCACCAACACCUGCACCCCUACGAGUGCACUGCCAUACACCCACGCAAUCUCAUCGUCCCUCCUACAAACAACCGUAAACAUUCUCUACAACGAUAAAUUCUCAGACUAUCAAUCGGACCGCACAUCACUUCCAGUAAGACAGGCAGCAGCACAUCUGCUGUCCUUCAUCUACCAAAAAGAUGUGCUUGACCAGCUGUUCAUGUUCCUAGAUCAUCCCGAUUGGGAGGUGCAGUGCAGCGCACUGCUAGCGCUCAAAAGCGUACAGGAGUACCUGAGCGCGACAGACAAGAAGGACGUAGCACUGUUCCUGCUCACGCUGCUGGAGAGUGAGGAUGAGGAUGUAAAGUACAUGGCGGCCGAUAUGCUCGUGCAUUUCAGGGAUGUGGUAGGAGAUGUGAGGGUCAAGAUGGUUGUUGAUGAGGGUGUAAGUAGGCUGGGCAUUGUUAGAAUGAUGGAGUGCUACUGUGUGAGAGUGGAUGAUGGGCUGAGUGUGGAUGGGUGUUUUAGGAGUGAGAUGGUUGAGCUUAGGGUUGCUGUGCUUAGGUACCUUUGUACGAUGUUUAGAAGGGGGCUGGUGUAUGAUAGUGGUAGGGGGAGUGAUGUUGUUAGUGUAGGAAGUGAGGAUAGGAUGGGUAAGGGGGAUAAGAAGGGUACGGGCGGGAGCGAAAGCAGAAAUGAGGGCAAGAGCAGAAAUGAGGGCAAGAGCAGGAAUGAGAGCAAGAGCAGGAAUGAGAGCAAGAGCAGGAAUGAGGGCAAGAGCAGGAAUGAGGGCAAGAGCAGGAAUGAGGGCAAGAGCAGGAAUGAGGGCAAGAGCAGGAAUACAAAUAACAGCAAUGAAGCACCGCCUGGUAUCACAAUCCAUCACCACUACACACACUUCAUAAAUCUUCUCAUUCAAAACCUACUCGUAGAAGAAACUCAAUCACUAACAUUCCUUACCUUCCACAUUCUCGCGUACUACCCCAUCAACCACGUAGCAUCAUACGCACCGCUGACACUCAAACCGUUGAACUACGUGUUUAAAAACACCGAUUUUAAGAACACCUUGGAAAUGAUCGAUAACUCGUUUUUUAAGGGAGGGGUUGAAAGUAUGGGAAGGGAGAAGGUGCUGGGGAUGAGGAUGCGGUAUUUUAUGUAUUUUAUUUAUUUUGAGGUGAGGAUGGGCAUGGAGAGGGAGUGCGAGGAUGAGCGUGAUCUUAUGCGCUAUGGGACACGUUACGGCAGGUGUAGGGAUGGAAAUGAUUGUAGUGAGGAUGGUAGUGAGGAUGAUAAUAUUAAUAAUAAUAGCAACAUUGGCACGGUAAUAGGUAACAUUUCGUUUUCAGAUGCACCGUUCACCGUCAUACAAGCAUUCCUCCUUUCUGUCCUGUACAAAACAACGUACCGCUCCGCAAAAGUACCGUUCACUACCCCCCAGAUCAAGCAAAACGAAUGGAACGAAAAACUGAAGUGCCCUUCCCAGCAGAGCGUAUUUCACGUGGUGAACGAACAUUUUUUGGAUUUGCUUAGGUACGCGUGUUUUAACGAAGACUGGUUUUAUAAUGAGUGGUUGGCUGUGGAGGAGAACGAUUCGGUGGUUUGGUGGUACGUUUACUUUUUGGUACGGGAUGGCAAGGGAUUGCUCUAUGGGGUUGAUGAGGACCCUGAAAAUGGGGCUGGUGGAAUUGAAAAGGGGGUAAAGAAUGCUGGCGAGGACCCAAAGAAUAAAAAUGGGAGCAGCACCGCUAAAAACGGGAACAGAAUCAAAAAAUGCAUAAAGGGCACGGGCAACAACGAAUGUGGUACGGCCGGCACGAUAGAUCUAGGUACCCUCCAGAGAAUGAACAUGUCCGUUCUAAUACCAUCCAUCAUACAACACGCCAAUGCCUCGUUCCUACGUUCCUUCUUCAAGCAUUUAAACACGAAUUUCUAUAAAAUUGAGAAUUACCAUGCAUUACUGCGCAACACGAGCAUACGCGUGCUGAGCAUCGUUGCUCAGCACAUAAAGGAGGAACGCAUCGUAUGCGACAGAAUAAUUGAGGAGCUGCACGAUGGUGAGGAUGGAAUGGAGGAGCUGGUACGGUUGGUUGAUCAGUACAUGUUUACAUCGUACGGUGAGCGUAUUGUUAAUGCGGUGCUGAGGAGAGGGCUCAACGUGAGGAUGGUGCGCGUGUUCGAGAAGGUACGGUUUAACGAAUGGUUUGUGCUUUUGGUACGGCCUUUACUGCGAUUUAUAAGUCUUAAGGACUCGUUUGGUGGCCCAGCUGGGGAUGGAAGGGCUGAUAAUGCUGAAGCAACGAAUACGUCACAUUCUGCAAACACGCCAUGCUCGGCAGAUAGCGUGUCAGAAACGGUCACCGCCGGUUACAAGCUGUUCUCUAACAUCGUGCCAUACAUACAGACCGUUAAAUCGCCACAUGUUCGUAUCGCAACGGAACUGUCCGUGCUGUCCGUUCUUACCAACCGUGCCAAAUUGCCUAAAAUUGAAAUACGCUCGUGUGUUACGUUGAGGAAGUACCAGGUCAAGGGUGUGUAUUGGUUGAACUUUCUUUAUUUGUUCGGUAUUAAUGGCAUACUGGCAGAUGAGAUGGGACUGGGAAAGACUGUGCAGGUGUUGGUGUUCCUAUUUUCUAAGAUUGAUGAAAUUGUGAGAAGGAGUAGGAGGAUUGAGGAUGGGGUUGAAGAUACGGUUGGAGUUGAGGAUGGGGUUGAAGAUACGGUUGGAGUUGAGGAUGGGGUUGAAGAUACGGUUGAGGAUCAAAUUACAAAUCAGAUCGAGGAUGCAUGUGUCAACACAAACAAUACUGAUAACGAAAAGAACGCUACCUUUAAAACAAGUAGUACUCAUCCUAGCACAUCGUUCCUUAUGAACCAUAAAAUACUCAUCGUGUGCCCGGGUUCAUUAACGGGUCAUUGGUGCAACGAAAUAAAAAAAAUAAGUAAAAAGUACGAGGGGCGUAUCUACACCAGGAAAGAGAAUGUGCUCUCAUUCAUAACAGUCAUAAGCUACGAUACGUACAGACACGCACACAAGGCAUUCGCAGACGAGGUGUUCUUCUACGUGGUGUUCGAUGAGGGGCACAUUCUGCGCAACGUGGAUACGGUGCUAUACCAGAAGAUAAGUGCACUACGUGCACUGAACAAGCUCAUACUGAGCGGUACACCCGUGCAGAACAGCAUAAACGAUCUGUUUGCGCUGUUCAACCUGUUGAUGCCGUGCUAUCUCGGUGAUAAGGAUGAGCUGAAGGAACGUGAAAGGAAUAUAAGAAAGGGAAAGGAUAAGAACUGUGGAGAAGAGGACGUAAGAAGAAUGGAGAAGGAGUUGCGGAUGGUUAGGAGAAGGGUUGGUCCGUUUGUGUUGAGGAGGUGCAAGAAGGACGUUGUGGUUGAUCUGCCCGAUAAGAUUGUUAAGGAUUUGGUUGUUGUAAUGGGUGAUGAGCAGAGGAAGGUGUACGACUGGUUAGUGAGUGCUGAUAGGGUUAGUACUGGGGACAGUGAGGAUGAAAGUGGUAGAAGAGGAAUUGUUGACAGUGGUACCGGGAAAAGAACAAAAAUAGAAAAAAGUAAUGGAGCGGUACCUACGUUGAAUACACCUGCUGACAGCACGGUUGAUAGUGCACCGAGUGCGGUGUCAUACAGGAAUAUAAGCGCGUUUAAAAAGGCUAAGGACCUGAUCAAGUGCUGUAGCAGUGCAUCGUACAUACGGGAGAAUGUCAAGCAGAGCUGUAAAAUGGAUGCGCUAAGGGACCUGUACGAUACCUUGAACCGGACAGACAGCAGAAUAUUGAUAUUCUGCCAGCUGAAGAAAAGUAUACGUCUGAUCAUCGACCAGCUGUCCUUAAAAAGCUAUCUGAUACUGGACGGGCAGACACGUGACAAAUCAAACGUGGUAAAGAAAUUUAUGACCGGUGAGUACAAAACACUGCUGCUGACAACGAGCACAGGUUCGCUCGGCCUGAACCUGUGCAUUGCUGACACCGUGAUAUUCUUUGAACACGAUUAUAACCCGUUCAACGAUUUGCAGGCAAUGGAUAGGGCACAUAGAAUAGGACAGAGAAGGACUGUCAGUGUGUACAGGUUGAUUGUUAAGGAUACGGUUGAGGAGCGGAUUAUGAAUCUGCAGGAAUUUAAGAAGUUUGUGGCUGGGAGUGUUAUUAAGAGGGGUACCGGUGAGUUUGGGGGUGAUGUCAGUGGCGAGAGCGGUGUAGAGGGGAUUUAUUAGGCGGUUGAGGGUGCGAAGAGGGAAUGGUGAAAAGGAGCAGUAGAGAGAACAAACCGCGUUCAUUAACAGUUAUUGAUGAGUUGCCAUCCCUGUGCAUCGCUACAUACGCUCUUGGUGCAUUUUGGGCCCUUCACCACGAUUGAUCAGCAGUGCUUGAUCAUUCUUUAAUAAAUGUCUUAGAAAUGAAGAGAGCGCUUAUUUACAGAAUUAUAUUUUGGUGUGCACCAUGCUUUGUAAUGGAAGGUUAGUGCAUGGUUAGGUGCGUAGAAGAGUGAAUUGCUGUUAUUUACCAUUGGAACGGUGUAAGAAUGGCAUUCUUCUUUGGAAGAAUAAAUGGUGUUCACCAUUUAAUGUUGAGGGAUUGUACCGUUGAAAUGUUUUAUUUUUGUGCCUUUGCUGCUUGGUAAUGGGAAUUGUACAGAGGGUGUGGUUAAAGGUAUUGUA